GGGUCAAGAUGAAUUGUUAAUGUAUGACUAAACUAUCUUGCUGAACGUAAACACAACCCUAGAAGAAGACGGGUUGAAGAUCUGGUUUACAUACUUGGUGGACCAGUCUGCCUGCGGGAAUGCUCAAUCCUCAAAGAUCUUUAUCUGAACUACCAAAGAUGUCGGGGCCAAGCCAAGCCGAGAGGGCUGUUUUGGAGGAGGAGUUUAACUGGUUGCUGAAAGAGGAGGUCCAUGCUGUUUUGAAGCAGCUCCAGGAUAUACUGAAGGAGGCAUCCAGGAGGUUCUCCAUUCCCACCCCAGGACUGGAGAACCAACUGAAACAGGAGAACUUCAUCCUGGGCAGCUCAACCAUGGACCAGGUGAAAGGAGUACUGACUCUACAGGGAGAAGCCCUGACUCAAGCUGACAUCAAUCUGAAAACUGCUAAAAGCAACCAAGUGAUGCAUUUCACAUUCAGGGAUGAUAAGCACUGGAAACUCCCUCAGAUCCAGGAUGCUAGGAACCAUGUGAAUCAGGCUCUGCAGCUGCUGAGUGGUAGAGAUGAGAGCUACCACUUUAAGACUGGGGCUGAGGUCAACAAGCUGAUGGACGCAGUGAUGCUCCAGCUGACCAGGGCUCGUAACCGCCUCACCACUCCGGCAGCCAUGACCCUGCCGGAGCUGGCCACCAGCGGCCUCAUGAAAAUGUUCACUCCUCCAAUGCCAGGCGAUGUGAUGGUGAACUUCUAUAUCAACCUGAGUAAGCUGUGUCUGACUGUCUACCAGCUGCACGCAAUGCAGCCCAACACCACCAAGAACUUCAAGCCAUCUGGAAGCUCCGUGUUACACAACCCCGGAGCCAUGUUGUAAGUUCUGCUUGAUAUAACGGAUCAAAUCAAAUCAAAUU